AUGGUGCACAUGAAUGUCUUGGCUGAUGCUCUCAAGAGCAUCAACAAUGCCAAAAAGAGAGGCAAACGUCAGGUGCUUAUUAGGCUGUGCUCCAAAGUCAUCAUCUGGUUUCUCACUGUGACGAUGAAGCAUGGUUACAUUGUUGAAUUUGAAAUCAUCGAUGAUCACAGAGCUGGGAAAAUUGUUGUGAACCUCACAGGCAAGCUAAACAAGUGUGGAGUGAUCAGUCCCAGAUUUGAUGUGCAAAUCAAAGAUCUGAAAAAAUGGCAGAAUAAUCUGCUUCUAUCCUGCCAGUUUGGUUUCAUUGUACUGACAACCUCAGCUGGCAUCAUGGACUGUGAAGAAGCAAAAUGA